UUUAUUACGUCGCCGCCAUCACUGGCGGGGAAGAAGGGGGCAAUUGGCAGCUGUUUCUCUGUGCUUGUGCCCUAAGCUCCCGUUGCUUGCUACUCAACAUUUUCCUUUUCAACCUUCAGGGUCCAUCGUGUUCGCUGCUUGUCAUUCCACCCUGAUAAGCUGUGUCUCUCCCUUCCAAUCCUUUUGUGUUCUUCUCUGCUACAUCACACUCCCAUCCUACUGAUUGACUGCUUUGUUGCUCCAACAAUCACACAUCAUGGCCUCAAUUAUCCGCCCACAGAUGCUCAGAAGUGCUCUGAGAGCUUCAGCAACAGCUUCCCGCGCCGCUACGAGGCCUGUGAAGGUUGCCCCGCCGUGCCAGGCCAGAUGGCUAUCGAAAUCCUCCAGUCUCCGCGACCAGCCUCCAUGGGACGACAAUACUGACCAUGAUUCGGCCUCUACGACUGGUCAGCCUGGAGAGUCUGGUGAGCACGAGGGUGCUCUUGCUCGAACAGAUGAGAGUAUCAAGGUGGAGUAUCCUGAGGAGGAAGACCUCCCCUCCAGUAUGCCUGUGCAAGGUCGAGGGGGCUUCCAUUUCAAAAGAACACUGGCUGCCUUCUCACUAGAAGGUCGUGUCGGUGUUGUCACUGGAGGUGCUCGUGGUCUUGGUCUCGUAAUGGCCCAGGCUUUGGUCGCAAGCGGUGCGAACGUUGCCCUUGUGGAUAUGAACAAGGAAGAAGCUUCCAGGUCUGCAGAGGGCCUAGUGGCAACCUUUGAGGCCGAGAAUCCAGGUGUUGAGCAUCUCCCCAAGGUCACAGCACAUUAUUGUGAUGUCUCCAGCCCAACCUCAGUCAAUCAAGCGAUUGCGGAGAUCAUCAAGGAGCACGGCCAGAUUGACAACCUCGUCACAUCUGCUGGCUUCACGGAGAACUAUGACGCCAUCUCUUACCCCCAUGACCGUAUUCAGAAGCUCUGGGGCGUCAACGUGGAUGGCACAUACCUAUGGUCCGUAGGUGUAGCGAAGCACCUGAUGGAGCGCAAGGCACAAGGAUCUAUCGUCAUGAUUGGCAGUAUGUCUGGUGCUAUUGUCAAUGUCCCCCAGCCCCAGGCACCGUACAACGCCGCGAAGGCUGCUGUGAGGCAUUUGGCAGCCAGCUUGGCAGUUGAAUGGGCACACGCUGGUAUUCGUGUGAACUGCAUCUCUCCAGGCUACAUGCUUACCGCACUAACCAAGAAGAUUCUCGACGACAACCCAGAUCUUAAGAACAAGUGGACCUCCCUGAUUCCUCAGGGUAAAAUGGGAAGGCCUGAAGACCUAAUGGGAGCUGUUACAUUCCUAUCGAGCGAUGCGAGCCUUUACGUCACAGGAGCCGAUCUCCGCGUUGAUGGAGGAUACACUGUCACCUAAGGAAGAGUCGUGGGUUUACUGCUAUUAUCAAUCAUCGAGAUGGUUCUGUAGUACAUUUUACAUGGUCGAAAAUUGUAAUGGUUCGCAGCAGCAAGUCUGGAGUUUGGAGCAUGGUCCUUGACAAGGCGUCUCUAGCUAUGUGUCUUUCGGACCGUCAAUAGCAUGGCUCGUCCCCCUAUAGAAAGUUUUGUCUGAAAGAAAAUUGAUGAGCAUUGCGGGUUACAUACCAUUGUUAUCGUAUGCUGUC